UUGUUUUUUUUUUUUUUUUGUUUUCUUCUUCUUCGCAGCAUGUCGCUUUGGGGCGCUUGGUCGGCGUUGACGAGUUCACUGUCGGACGCUUCGUCUUCUUCAUCUUCCACCAGCACCACACAGUCCAGUAGCACGACGACCGGUGCUGCUGCGGGUGGUGCUGCUGCUGCUGGUUCGACAAAGCCGACGACCGCCUCUGCCUCUGCCUCUGCCUCUGCCUCUGCCUCCGCCACGGGUGCUGCCAGUGCGCCCGUCAAUGCGUCCAGCUCAUCGUCGGAUACCAGUGCGGGCGGCCGUGGCGGCGACAUUGGCGCAUCUGCUGCUUCUGCCACGCUGCGCUCGAGCGUCAUCGUUCCUCAGCAGCCCGAGUCCGACGACGCGACCAGCAGCUCUGCUCCCAAUGCCGCCGCGACCACUGUCAAUAACGAGGCCAACCCUGCUGCUACCGCUGCUGCCGCUGCUGCUGCCACGGGACAAGCGCGCGCGGGUGACAAGGUGUCGGCGUUUGGCUCAUUCGCAUUCGGCAACUUGAGCUCGUUCGCGUCGUCAGCGCUCGGCAACAUCAACACAGUCGUUCAUAAAAUCAAGGAGAACGUCGAGACCACUUCGUUCAUUGCAUCGUUCGAAGAAGAGCAGCAAAAGUUUGUCCAAGAAAAGAAUCGCCAACGCCAACAUGUUGGUCAAGGAGUACCACCAUGGGUUGGGUAUCACGAAGAGGCCGAGAUGAAGGCGCAAAUCCUAUCGCUGUCUUCCGACCGCCGCAACUUUUUGACCAGCCCGCCGAAAGGCGCGCAAGUGGUGUUUGACUUUGAACGCUUCGCACCCACUGCUCUUGCUACGCUUCGCGAGGACCCCGAGCUCGAAAAGAUGCGCUUCGAGUUGGUGCCAAAGCACAUUGCCGAGUCAGACUUUUGGCGCAACUACUUUUACCGCGUCUCGCUGGUCAAGCAGUCCAGUCAGCUCACCGCGCUUGUCCACGCAAACGCUGGUUCUAUUCAUAGUGCGGCCUCCUCUGGCUCUACCACACCGGUUGCUCCGCCAAUCGCAGCGGCCAUUGCUGCUCCACAAAUUGCUGCCUUAUCUGAAAGCAAACUCAGCGCGCCUGCAACCCCCGCCGCGGCUCCGCAACAAGCUGCUGCUGCGGCUGCUGCGGCUGCUGCUGCCGCCGCUGGCGGAGUGGCUACGCCAGUUUCCCAAGCGCGCAAACGUGCACCCUCAGCCGCUGAAAUCUACGAGCCGCCGCAGCCCAGCACGGCCGAAUUUGUCAGCGACACUCUGCACGUCGUUCCUCCCGCUGUAUCGCCCCUCAAGCUGGCCCCAGUGACAACUCCUGUUGUCGCCAGCAGCUCAUCUCUGAGCGCGUCCGAUUCGCCUGAUGACAAUGUUGACUGGGAGCAUGAAAUUGCGGAAGAGCUGAACGAUGCUGUUUUGCACGAUUCUAGCGAUUUGUCAGAUGCCGCAUGGGAAAAGGACAUCCAAGAAGCUCUCGAGCUCGAGUAAACCUUUUCGCUUUGCUUCUCUGAUGUCUGGUUGUUUUUCCGUUUUGCGCUUGCGUCGUGUUGUUAUUUUCGGUUUUUCUGGCUUGGUGAGUGCUACACUAAUAUGUAUCUGUGUUUGUAAUACAUCGGGAAUGCCAUGUACUGUUACAUUAAAAGGACAAAAGAAGC